AUGUCACCAAAUGACAACAACAGCAGCACGUGGGAUAACAAGGGCGACGGCACGAAGGCACGCUCGUCGAGCAACUCACCUCUGUCAAAAUCUAAGCCAAAUAAGCCAAUCGACACACCGCAGAUCAUUAGCUUUACGACAUCUGAGGCUACGCAUCUACUCAAUCCACACCAUGAUGUUUUGGUCAUAUCUUUGAACAUCGCCAACUGCUUAGUCAAGCGUAUUUUGAUAGACAACGGCAAUAGUGCAAACAUAUUUUUCCUGGAGACCAUUAAGGCUAAGGGAAUUCCAGAAGAAAAUAUUACACGCCGAACGACGAUGCUAAUUGGUUUCAGUGGUGAACAAAAGAAUAAUCUAGGCGAGAUUGUUUUGCUUGUUUAUGCGAAAGGGGUUAACCUUCACACCCAAUUCCUCCUAAUGGAUAGUCCUUCAGCAUAUAAUGUUAUUUUGGGGAGGCCCUAA